CCGAGAUAGGAGUUCUGGACGGGAGUCCGGGCAUGGCACGCAACAGUUCUGCUGUAUUUAGUGAGGACCCCCGGUGGAUUUAUUGCUGGGUUACAUGUUAUGUUUGGAGGAGAGCUGUCCGAGUUGUGUUACCCUGCAGAGAGUCGCUAGACUUGUCUGGGUGUCAGCUCUGUUGACCAAACCGUCUGUUGACUCCACGUCUGUAGAAUAUGGGAUUGAUAUCUUGUCAACUUGCAUGUGAGCGGUUCCAUUGAUCUGGAGACGUUUGAAUCCCCCGACGUUGUAGCAGUGGUGUCCCUUCUCCAGUAGCAGAGCCACACCACUGUUGUGAGUGGACUGUCACCGGCUGGAUCCUGUGACGUGAUGAACUUAGCAGUGUAACCUAGCAACAAUGACUGACAAGAGUGACAAUGGGAUGCACAUCGUCAAGGAUUGCUUCAGCUGAGGACCAAUCGUAUAUACGAGACGAAGGUACCAACUGCCCGAUAUGUUUAGGCUCGAUUAAACAGCCAAAGACACUUCAAUGCCAGCAUUCCCUCUGUUCACGGUGUCUUCAACGAUAUAUCAACAGCCUCGAUAACACAGACAAACUUAGGGGAUUCCAUUGCCCCAUAUGCCGGAAGUUGACCAUCAUAGCCAAUCCUGACACGCCACGUCAGACAUGGGUUUCGCAGCUUCAAGAGUCUGAACAAGUAGAACCAACGCCAGUACCGAACAGAAAUUCCCGCCUAACCGAUACGGGAACUACCAAACACCCAGCACGUGCACGUGACAACGACGUCAUUAAGUCCAACGUGAGAGGCGAGUCCUUUGAGCCCCUGAUUGUUGACAUCGUUGUUGUUGAUGUAGAUGAUGUAGCUGUUGUCGUGGUGGCCGACUUCAACAACAAGUCGCUGAAGUCCCUGUACAGACAACGAGGAAGGGAUGAGUUCUCGUCUCUUUCACUGGAGUCCAAUCCGUUUUGUUUGGCCUUGAUAUCUGACAGCACGGUAGCCUUGACCUUGCCCUGGUCAGACAAAAUAUGUAUAACGAAAGUGACCCCUGGCCUUUGCGUAAACAAAAGCAUUGAAACUGACAAAGCUUAUUAUGCCAUUGCAGGGAUUGAUGAGGAUUGUCUUGCAGUGAGCACGACUUGGCAGACUCCAUGUUCCGUGGAUAUUAUAGAUCACAGCGGAAGAGUCAUCAAAACUAUCGACACAACCGACUACGGUGACAGUUUGUUCUCCGAUCCGUGGUACAUGGCUGUCACGCCCUCUGGUGACAUUCUGGUUUCGGACUGUCAAGAACAGUCACUCUUGUGUUUAGAUCAGAGCGGCCACACCAGAUGGCGCUACAAGCCUCGUGGGAACAUAAUGUUGAAAAUUCCGGCAGGUGUGGCUUGUGAUAACGAAGGAAACAUUUACCUGGCUGAUACCGACCGACAUUGCGUCAUAACGCUUGACGAACAUGGACGGUUUCUGCGGGAGGCGGCUUCAAGCGCCGACGGAGUCGAACGACCUCGGUGUAUUACUGUCACGGACGCUGGACGCAUGUAUGUCACAAUGGAAAACGGUGAUAUCAGAAUAAUUAACUUGAGGUGAAUGAUAUCAACACACAUCAGA